GUGGUUUCUCCUUUAAUGUCAUAGAGUUUAACUCUGUCCACUGGUGACUUAUUAGGUUCAUAGUCAUCUGGCAAAUGCUUAUAAAAAGAUAUUUAAAAUGCGAUUAUUUCCAGUUAAACCUGAGCUGUAUGCCUGUUUCGCACUGCUGUACUUUGGUUAGCGGCGUCUGCUUUCACUUUCUCUCUCUCAGUGACUUGUUAAACUUGCGAAAUGGAAAGCUUCGGAUUUCAUGUUCCAGAAAAGAUCCCAGAAGAGUACAUCUGCAAACUUAUGGAGGCAGUACAGUCUACAAGCCCAGACAGAAUCCCUCAACACUUUAUAAGUUUGUUGAAAAUGUAUGAUCAGUUCCAGUUGAAUGUUGCUGUGACAGGAGACUCUGGUGCAGGAAAAUCUACACUGAUCAAUGCCCUCCUUGGACUGGAUCAUGACGACAAAGGAGCUGCACCAACAGGAGUUGUGGAGACCACAAUGGAACCUACAGUGUUUCAAUAUCCAGAUUGUCCCCAAGUGAGACUGUGGGACCUUCCAGGGAUGGGCACACCCUCUUUUAGAUCAAAGAGUUAUGUAGAGGCAAUAAACUUUCAUCUCUAUGACAUGUUUUUUGUCGUGAUAUCUGAGCGGUUUAGAGAAAACAAUCUGUGCCUGAUUGAUGAAAUAAAAAAACAAAAGAAACCUUUUUAUGUUAUUAGAACAAAAGUAGACAGUGACUUGCAUGCGCAAAGUAGAAAACAAAACUUCACUGAAAGUGCGGCUUUAACUGCCAUGAGAGAUGAAUGUUUAAAAUAUGUAGAAGGAAAAAAUCUGCAUCCACAUAUCUUCUUAGUAUCGGCCCAUGACACAAAGCACUAUGAAAUGCAGAAACUCAAGGACACCUUCGAGACGGAGGCUCCAGAACUUAAAAGAGAGGUUUUUCCUCUGUUCUUGGUGAAUUUGUGCAGUGGAGACAGGAAGAAACAAAGGACUGUUAUGCAACAUGCAUUGAAGAGUGGAAAAAUCAGUGAAGAAGGAAUAUUGGACCUGAGAAAUUUCUGCAAAUGUUUUGACAUUGCAAAUGGAACCAAAGUGCUUACAACUGCACUGGAGGCUCUUGACCACUUUCAGCUUGAUGUGGCUGUUUUAGGGGAGACAGGAUCUGGAGUAACCACUCUUCUAAAUGGCCUAACGAGAUCACAGAAUGCCUUUUACUCAGUGCUUGGAAUGCCAGCAACAAGUCCACAGUACCCAAAUGUCAGAUUCUGGGCUGUGUCAGGAAUAGAGAACAUUAUGAUGAACUCCUUGGAUAGGAUGAAGCAAAUUUUGGAUCAUUUUGAUUUCUAUGUGCUUAUUGUGACAGAAUGGGAAAAUGCACACCACAUUGACCUUGCAAAAGUUAUUAAAAAUUUACGGAAGCAGUACCACUUUGUACAGACAAAAAUUGACUGCUAUUUGCAGGCCCAAGAAGAUUUGUAUGUUCCUGAGAUUGAAAUUCUAGAUGGCCUUCGAGCCCAGUGUGCUGAGGAGCUUCUGAUGGCAAGUGUUAACAAUUCACAGCUAUUCCUCAUAAACAGUUUAGACAAAGAUGCUUUUGACUUUGUCAGUCUAGAGAGUGUAUUAGGCAGUGACCUGGACACUAUAAGGGCAAGUGCUUUUGCAUAUUAUGUUGACAGAACUUUGAAAAACAAAAAGCAAGCACAAAGCAGCUGUCAGAUAUUAUAGCUGCAUGACUCUCCAGGGUGUUGUUCUCUGUGACAGUGGACUAUUUUUUAAAAAACAUGAAUACCAAAUUUUAUCCAACAUUUACAUAAUCACUUAU